AUGGCCGCCACCGCCGCUGCCGCCUCCUCGCUGUUCGUCCCUUCUUCCUUGACCUCAACGCCGCAUAGACAGAGCAGUUCAAUCACUCCGCUGAGCUCUUCCUCAUCUUGCUUCUCAACUGGUGGGACCUCCGCGUGGGGCGGCCAUGAAAAGUUUCAGCGACUUUCUCUCUCUCCUUCGAUUCAUUCGAGUAAGAAAAUGAACGCGCGUAGGUUUCGGAGAGCGACUGUGGUCUUCGCCGCAGCUGAUUACUACUCCACGCUUGGGGUGCUAAAAUCUGCCAGCACCAAGGAAAUUAAAGCUGCUUACAGAAAGCUGGCAAGACAGUACCAUCCUGAUGUCAAUAAAGAGCCUGGAGCAACUGAAAAGUUCAAGGAGAUCAGUGCGGCUUAUGAGGUACUAUCAGAUGACAAAAAAAGAGCUUUGUAUGAUCAAUAUGGUGAAGCUGGAGUCAAAAGUAGCGUUGGUGGAGCUGGCGGUUAUGCGGCAACCAACCCAUUUGAUCUAUUUGAAGCAUUUUUUGGGUCUAGUAUGAGUGGCUUCACUGGAAUGGAUGGAUCUGGAUUUGGAACCGCACGACGCAGUACUGUUUCGAAAGGUGAAGAUAUCCGUUAUGAUAUGACAUUGGAAUUUUCGGCGGCUAUAUUUGGGACUGAGAAAGAAUUUGAGUUGUCCCAUCUUGAGACCUGUGAAGUUUGUGCUGGCACUGGAGCAAAAGUAGGCUCCAAAAUGAGAAUAUGCUCAACAUGUGGUGGCAGAGGACAAGUCAUGAGAACUGAACAAACACCUUUUGGCUUGUUUUCGCAGGUAUCUAUAUGCCCGAAUUGUGGUGGGGAUGGUGAAAUGGUAUCUGAAUCCUGCCGUAAAUGCUCUGGUGUUGGCCGGGUACGAGUUAGAAAAGACAUCAAAGUGAAAAUUCCUCCUGGAGUUGCGAAGGGAAGUAUUCUUCGAGUUUCUGGAGAGGGUGAUGCUGGGCCAAAAGGAGGCCAACCUGGAGAUCUUUAUGUCUAUCUUGAUAUUGAGGAGAUACCUGAGAUUCAAAGAGAUGGCAUAAAUCUCAACUCAACUAUUUCAGUCAGUUAUCUGGAUGCCAUAUUGGGGACUGUUAUGAAGGUUAAGACAGUUGAAGGAGUAACAGAUCUGCAAAUUCCACCUGGUACUCAACCUGGGGAUGUGCUAGUUUUGGCAAGAAAAGGUGCACCUAAACUUAACAGGCCAUCAAUCCGUGGUGACCAUCUAUUCAACGUGAAAAUUAGCAUACCAAAGCGUAUCAGUGAAAAGGAACGAGAACUACUUGAGGAGCUUGCAACUAUUGGUAAAGCCCCUGCCAACCGUUCAAAAACUCGCCCUAAAGUUAAAAGACCCGAUGAAAUUUCAAAAGGUGAAGACGUUCCUUUGGCAGAAAAUGAAGGUAAAUCAGAAGAUGAAGAUGACGUGUGGAAGAAGUUGAAAGAUUUUGCUGGGUCUGUUGCAAAUGGGGUUGCAAAGUGGUUUAAAAACAACUUAUGA